UGAACGAGAUGCUCUCGGAUACCAUUGUCCUUGAAACACCUGCAAUGCCUCCAUCUGCGAAGCCCGCAACUACGAACGGCUCCGCUCCAACUGGCACCGGUAAGUCAACCACUUAACCCGGAAUCAGUCCUUUGGUGGGGAUUUUAUGAUUAUCCUUUUUUGGCGUUUCGAUCUCCUGUCAUCUAUCGGGCAACACCUCUUGGUGCUGACAAAAGUCCUGUCGCGACACACAGCGCGAGAACAAGCACCUGCCAAACCAGCGAGCGGGGCAGAAAAUGGGAAUGCCGCGUUCCCACCACCCAAAGCGGACAAGCCGAGGCCGCACGUCUGCGGGACCUGUUCACGCUCCUUUGCACGGCUCGAGCAUUUGAAGCGUCACGAACGAUCUCACACAAAGGAGAAGCCCUUUGAAUGUCCCGAGUGUACCAGAUGCUUUGCUCGAAGGGACUUGCUUUUGCGCCAUCAACAAAAGCUCCACAUGACCGCCACCGCCGCGUCGCGACCACGAAACGGCCGCCGUGAGAGCAGCAACACUGUCGCUGGCGUUGGUUCCGGGCGUGUCCGCAAGAACUCUGUUGCCACGAGUAAUGUCGCCAGCGCUGGGGUCCACAACGCGUCGGCGGCUCGCCCUCGAGCAAACACCAUUAGUCACAUCGAUAACAGUACGCUCGGCAUGGUUGCAGCUGCGAACGCCUCCACCGCCCGGAGUCGCGACAUGGGGGUGAACCACAGCCAUCACCCCAGCCUCGAUCACCUGCCGACCGGCUUCAGUUUCCACGCUGGCCUGCCCAGCGCCCCUGCGCACCUGCAGGGCCUCUCCAAGCUGGACACACAUGGGCUCAAUAUUGACAUGUCUGGGGGCCUACGAACCGCCCCGCCCUUUGGUGGUCCCGGUUCAGAGUUCGAUUUUGACAACCUCUUUGGUCCCGGCUCAACAAUCAAUCCGGCUCAGCUUCACUUCAAUGAUUCGCCGCAAUCCAUGGGCAUGAAUGAGCUGCCGGCUGGGUUUCCAAUCCGCCCUCCCAUGCUGGAGGAGGACGAAAACCUGGACUGGAUGAAGGGCUUUGAACAUUCCAUGUCCUUCACCAAUGCCAAUGAUCCACCCGUUGACGGAUCUUCACCGUCGGUGCUGAGCACCGCGAGCCAGAGCGGUAUUAGUGAGAUUAUGCUCGACGGCUCCAAUAAUCCAGCACAUCGCGCCAGUGCGCUGUGGCAGAAUAGUAUGAUUCCCAAUGCCCGCAUGGGCAGCUUCUUCAUGGACCUCCCGCCUUCUGCCUUUUCCGAAAUGGCGCCUCCCGGCACGGUGUCGCCCAAGACCUUGCAGGCCCAAAAUGGCAUGAAUGACCCAUAUCUUUCUCCUCCUGCUCUUCAAGCACUCAGUCCUCCCAUGGCCUCUGCCGAUCACAGUCACUUCUUCCAUCCCGCAACCUUCAACUCUGAUUGCACGAGUACUUCGUCUGUGUCUGUCAGUGGCACGACCCACAAGAGCUCCGUCACUUCUGUGUCUAGUGACUGUGUUACGGAGGCUACUCGUCAGGCGCUGUUGGCAGGUCUAUCGCUCUCACACGAUCUCCACCAUGGUCCUCGCAAAUAUUCUAGCUCGAUUGGAAACUCUCCAAUGUCUCCAGGAUUCGUCCCUAGCCCAGCUGCAGCAAAUAUUUCCCUUCCGAGCACCUCGGACCUACAACGUUACAUUACCGCCUACGUCCAAUAUUUUCACCCACACCUUCCAUUCCUCCAUCUUCCUUCGUUGAAUUUUGACAGCCCAGCUUUCGCAAACAAUGUCGACGAUGGUCAUGCCCACUCGCUCUUUGGCCACUCUGGUGUUGCCGGCGGUGGGGGCUGCUUGAUUCUCGCCAUGGCUGCCAUUGGCGCGCUGUACGAAUACGACGCGGGACCAUCCAAGAGUCUGUUUGAGGCGGCCAAGAAGAUGAUUCACAUUUACCUUGAAGAGCGCCAUAAAUCAGGCUUGUCGGCAGCAAUGGGCGGCAAGGCCGGUCCCGACCUCGCCUCUGAACAGACGCCUCUGUGGCUCAUUCAGGCGAUGCUGCUGAAUGUCAUUUACGGCCACAAUUGCGGAGACAAGACGGCGGCCGAUAUUGCUAGUACCCACUGCGUCGCUCUUGUUCGACUUGCUCGGGCGGCAGAGCUUGCGCGGCCUUUGCCGCCGAUGCCAUCUACUCGCCACCACGCAACCUAUCCGUUUAGCGGGCCGUUGGCAGGGGAAGACACGGAUAUGCACGACGCCUCUGGCAAUUCUGACUAUUGGAAUCUGGGAUUCCAUCUGGACGGCCAUGAUGAACAGGCCGAAUGGCAGCAGUGGAGAGUUGCCGAGGAGCGGAAGCGAACACUUUACGCCAUCUUUGUCUUCUCCAGCCUUCUUGUGUCGACUUACAAUCAUCAACCGGCGCUCACCAACUCGGAGGUUCAGCUCGAUUUGCCGUGCGAAGAAGAGCUGUGGAACGCGGAGACUGCACAGGCAUGGCAAGCCAAGGGCGGCGCAUCAAUUGUUGAGCAAAAGGCGGUUCCUUUUGCAACAGCUUUGAGCACUCUUCUUACAGCAAAUCAACGACGUCAGAGCCAGCAAGCUCAGCCUCAGCCUUUUCAUGGACAGUUUGGCCCAGGGUACCAGAUGGAGGACAUCCUGCAGAGUGACCUCAAGCCGAGCACGUUUGGAUGCCUCGUGCUCAUUAGCGCUCUGCACAAUUACAUUUGGGAGACGCGACAACGGCAUCUGGGAAGGCAAUGGACUCCGCAAGAAGUCGAGGCCAUGCAUGCUCACUUGGAGCCUGCUCUCAAGGCAUGGCAAGCCGCAUGGGCGAGCAACCCCAAUCACAGCCUUGACCGACCAAAUCCGUUUGGGUUGGGUCCUCUGUCUGCCGAUAGCAUUCCGCUUUUGGACUUGGCCUAUGUGAGCUUGUUUGUCAACUUGGGCCCAUCCAAGGAGUGUUUUUGGCAACGGAACUGGGAUGGCAUGGCCGAAGAGCUGGCCAGAGGUGCUCAGAUUGUAUACUCCAUGGAGCAUUCGCCGAGCAGCUCGGGCAAUUCUCCGUCGGACGCAUCGGAGCUUGUUUCUAGCAACGGCACGCUCGGCUCGCCGCACACGACGGUGUCAUCGCCGGAUCGAAACCCUGCUGCUGCUACUGCUGCCGCCCAUCAGCACCGCAGAAGCGUAAGCAUGCUGGGUCCAGAUCAUCAUGAUCAUUCUGGACAGUCAACUAAGCGCGAGCGCCAUCUCCGUAAAGCUGCAUUCUACGCUGCCGACUCCUUGUCCAUGUCUGACAAACUUGGAAUCUCGUUCAACGACCUGACAUCCCGGGAGCUUCCCAUCCAGUCCAUCAUGUGCGCAUUUGACUGCGCGCAGGUCUUGGCAGAAUGGGUGGCCACUGUCCAAGAGCGCGUAGGCCGCUACCUGGGCGUUCUCGGCCGCGAUGAGAUUGACUACACUCAAGUGCCGGGCAUUAUGCUUUUGGAAGAUGAAGACUGCAAGCUUCUGGAUAAGAUCAAAGAAGUGCUCAACGGGGCGGAGAUUCGACUCAGUUGCGAGCAUGGCGGCAUGGAUGGCAUGGCUGCGAGAGCUGCAAUGAUUGGUCUUUCCAGCAAUGACCAAUGCGGUUUUGGUGCAAAGAUUUUGCUUGUCACCGCUCACAUGCUAGAGAAGGGGCCCGUAUGGCCCGUGACUCGGCAGAUGGUCAAUGCACUACAGACUCAGGCCGGUCACAUGAAGGCCAGAGUUGAAGCCUCUGUUGCUCCUCGGGAGUAGUAAUCCACCACGACGUCAAUGCGUCAAUGUUGUUGAUGUCUCUCACACUCACUAUUAUCAUGUUUUGCCACGAUCACGACCAGCUACCACGAGAAAAAGCCAAGCCCAUUUGCAACGACAACGUUUUUGCGACGAUUACGAAACGACUUUUUUUUUAACAAAAUUAUUUCUCCCCUUCCCAACCUCAGUCAUGGGAUCGUUCUUGUACAGCUUUGGAACGAAAACCCUGCAGCUUUCUUUCUUGACGAUGACGAUUAUAUUCUACCGUACAAAAACGUUUCCCAUUUCCCAUUUUUGGAUCUUGUGAACCCCAUAGAGCGUGCACACACACAUACUCGGCAUUGCACGCCUCGGACCCGGU